AUGUUCCACGUCUACUGGCCGGCGACGGCCUGCCUCACCCUCUUUCUCAUCGUGGGGGUUAUCAUAGCCAUGUUGCGCUACGGACCCAGGUUAUGCAAAACCCGGCACGUCGCCCUCCCGGACGACUCCGAGUGGCAACAAAAGGCAUACGAACAGAAAAUUUCGUACGCUUAAUAAGUCGCACUCAAGCGAAUUUUACUUGUUUACUUUACUAUAAUUGAGAUUUUAUCGUACUAGCGUAGUAAGUGCUUUUUUAUUGCAAUGCUGUUUUUUAUGUUUAAUUUUAAUUGUUUAAGUAGGUGUAAGCCAUAAAAUGAGUGCCUACGUUAUACAAAUUGUAAGAACAUGACACCAAAAUGGGGUUUUGUGCGACUGCGCACAACACACCCGACUUAUCAUGACUUAAAGUCCGUCCAUUUUUAAAUUUGACAAUUUUAUAUUUAGGGUAGUUUUGUAAAAUUUUAUAAACGAGCACGAUUAAUCACGUAGUUUGUGUAUAAUUAAAGCCCAAAUAAA